UCGGAGAGCCGGGCGGGGGGAGGAGGCGGAGGGCGGAGGGAGCGGGAGGUCUCGGGCUCGGCGCCGGCCGCCGCUGCGCUCCGAUCGCCGCGCGGCUCGGUGUCCGGGGGUGGGGGGGCGGGGGGGCGCAGCCAUGGAGGCCAACGGGGGCCCGGGCGGCUCGGGCGGCGCCAACGACUCGCAGCACGACCCCGGUAAAAUGUUUAUCGGCGGACUCAGCUGGCAGACCUCACCAGAUAGCCUUAGAGACUAUUUUAGCAAAUUUGGAGAAAUUAGAGAAUGUAUGGUCAUGAGAGAUCCCACUACGAAACGCUCCAGAGGCUUCGGUUUCGUCACGUUCGCAGACCCGGCGAGUGUAGAUAAAGUGUUAGGCCAGCCCCACCACGAGUUAGACUCCAAGACGAUUGACCCCAAAGUUGCAUUUCCUCGUCGAGCGCAACCCAAGAUGGUCACAAGAACAAAGAAAAUCUUUGUAGGAGGACUGUCUGCGAACACGGUGGUGGAAGAUGUGAAGCAGUAUUUCGAGCAGUUCGGCAAGGUGGAGGAUGCAAUGCUGAUGUUUGAUAAGACGACCAACAGGCACAGAGGGUUUGGCUUUGUCACUUUUGAGAAUGAAGACGUUGUGGAGAAAGUCUGUGAGAUUCAUUUCCAUGAAAUCAAUAAUAAAAUGGUAGAAUGUAAGAAAGCUCAGCCGAAGGAAGUCAUGUUCCCACCUGGGACGAGAGGCCGGGCCCGGGGACUGCCUUACACCAUGGACGCGUUCAUGCUCGGCAUGGGGAUGCUGGGCUACCCCAACUUUGUGGCAACCUAUGGCCGCGGCUACCCUGGAUUUGCUCCUAGCUAUGGCUAUCAGUUCCCAGACUGUUGCCAGCUUCACAAGACACAGUUUUUAUCAGCUAGCUCUUAAGAGAGGCGUGACAGAUUGGGGUUUGCUCCGUUGCUAGAGAGAGAGCAGGGUCCCGGCCAGGGCCACCCCGGCUGCCACCAGUGCCCGUGACACUGUCCGAGCUGCCUGUUUGCACAAACGUUCUUUUUCUCACUUGUAAUUCUUGGGAAGGACUCCCGUCCCCAGUGCUUCACGCAGUUCUUAAAGUCAGCUUUGUCCCCCAGUCCCCUCCCAGUUUGCUUUUUGUCCGCACUGGGAGUCCCUCCCCACUGAGGCCACUCGUCACCCUCCCAGUGCAGCAGGCCAGAGGGGAGCUUCUCACGAGCUGUGUGGCGCUUCCUCACGGGAGUCUAGGGAGAAGGCAUCAGCUUGCUUUAAACAGUUACCAGAUAGGCUUAUUGGGGCGUUUCAUGGAUGGGCUGUUCAGUGCUGGCCCACAGAGGUGGAGGAUAUGUGACUUGUCCGCUACAUCCACAGUUCCAGAAGUGAACACACACGCACACAGAUUGUUCUGUAAAUCCUAACGUGAACAAUGUAAUCUGGAAGAAAAUUUGUAUCAGCAUUAUCUGGAUGUCUUUGUCUUUUGGAGCCAGCCUCUCUGGUUGUUGCUAUAAUAAUGCACACUCAUCUCUGGGAAAGGGGCCAUGGAGGCACCGUGGUGCUGCCUCACCUUAGGCCCUGUGGGCACCGUCCACCUGGGCCCUCUUCCCCAGCACCUCUGCCCCCACCUGGCUGUCCAUUGGCCUUGCACUCCCUGCUGGCCUCAAGGGCCUCCUAGCCCACUGGGGUCAGAGGGGAUGAGUAUAGAGGGCUCAUCCUGAUCAAGUCAGGACUCCAGAGGGCUUCCUUUCCCCAUGAUCGUGAUCCAUCCACUUCCCCACUCAUGGAUUAAUGAGCUACGGCUCAGUUGGCCCCUCAGGAAUCACCCUUUGUUUGCCCUCAGGGUUUAUGAAAAGGGACCUGCAUGCUUCCAUCAGAUGCAUUUGAUGUGAGCGCAUCCAACUGUCUGAAUGUCAGUGUCUCUGGUGGCUCAGUGGUAAAGAACCCACCUGCCAAUGCAGGAGACAUGGGUUCGACCCCUGGUUUGGGAAGUUCCCCUGGAGAAGGCAAUGGCAGCCCACUCCAGUACUCUUGCCUGGAGAAUCCCAUGGACAGAGGAGCCUGGCAGGCUCCAUAAGGCCACAAAUAGUCAGACACAACUUAGCGACAAGCAUGCACACACAUCCUUUAGACUCAACGUGUGCAGUUUGGCUCAUCUCAUUAAAGAUGCCUGAUGUCGUCAUUGGUUAGUUUCCUUUUAUUUUUCCCACAGACUUUUUCAUAGAUGCUAUUUUUUAAAGUCUGUAUGGCUUUUUUUCCUGUUUGUUUUGUUCUGCUGUGAAUUGCUUUGCUUUGGUGAACUUGUGCUAGUAUACUUACCUCACAGACGUUCUAGCCAUUGUGAAUCUUCUUCAUCUCCGUAAAUAGUUCAUCUGUGCUUCUCCCUAAUGACAUUUUAUUUUUACCCCUGUAAGCAACUGAGGUAGAAAAAUAAAACGUUUGCCAUGGACUUGCUGUGUACAGCCGUGUCUCAGCCUCACAGCGCCCUGUUCUCACUCCAGGGGAGGUGAAUGCACUAAAUAACUGGCACCAGUGACAGCCUGGUGUGGCCUCUGAAAGCACAUGCACUUGCCCUGACGGUCUCUGCCCCCAGCCCUCUCUGCUUCCUCUCGUCUCCUGCGCUUGCUUGAGAUGGCCCUCUCCUUGAGUCAUGGAGGAGCAUUGGCUUGCAGCAGCUGCGUGGUCUGCCUGCCACCCCCCCCCUCCUUCCUUCCUCUCCCUUCGCCCCCACCCCCAAGUGAAAACACCGCUGAACAUCUGGAGCCCCUGCCAUCUGUACACCAGUUGUGUGUGAGCCCACACACGCGCUCUGCACACCAGCCAACAUGUGGCUUGCAUGUGGCUUGCUUUCCAAGUUCCCCUAUACCGUGCAGAUCCGAGGAGGCACCUGUGUUGCUGGAUGUAAAACUAGAUCUCAUUUCCAGGUCCCACUUGCCACGUAGUAGCCAUGUGACCUUGAGCAAGUGACCUAGUGCUCUGAGCCCUUGAGAUUGUAACAGUGCCUAGGUGGUUAGAAUUAAGUGGGAUGUUGUGUAUAUGCGAACGCUGAAAGUUUAGAAAUAGUGGGCGUUACUGUUCUUGUUUUGUCCCUCUCCAGAAUGGUUUUCGCUUCCUCAUCACCCCCAAUGAAGCUGCCUGCUGGGGAUCUACUUAGUGAAAGGAAUGAUUGGGAAUCCCCAGGAGACUUACUGGGACUCCCUGCCUCAGCCUUCCUCAUCCCUCCCUCCCCAUUUACUGACCACCAGGCACUGGAUUAGGUACCAAACAUCUAGACAUGAAUAAAGCUCCCUCUCAGGAUGCUCACGGUCCAGCUGAGGGAGAGAGAACCAGUGAUCAAACCCAUUGGGCAUCCUGGGACAGGUGCUUAGCUAGAGAGAGGGAGUCUUUUUCUGCUACGAGAGGACAAAGACAGGCUGCUAGUCCUGCCUGCAGUGGCACCAGAACUGGGUCUUACCAAGUGAAAUAAAAUGAGAUGGUUAAAGAAAAGAAGAGAUUACCCCCAGGCAGAGAAAUAACUUGCUUAGACACUGAAUCAAGUAUUUUUUUAAAAAGAAAAUAAUAUAAUAAUGGCCUUGACAAAAUAAAAAUUUGUUUUUUCUUUCCAAUGUGAAAGAAACCUGGAUGUCGCUCUGCAGUAUCAGGGAUCUGAGUUUCCUUCAUCUUUGUGUUCUUUUCUCUUCAACACAAGACUCCAUCUCAUAGUCUGAGGAGGCUGCUCAAGCUCCAGCCAUUACAUACUCAUCCCAGAAGAACACAUCUCUUCCCUUUAAUCACACUUCUUAGAAGUCAUGUGUGGCACUCUGCUUAGAUCCCAUUGGUCAGGCCUUAGUCAUAUGGCCAGACUGAGCUGCUGAGGAACCUCAGAAAUGUCUGUCUUCCUGGUAGCUAUGUAACUGCUAAAAACAGGAUUCUGGUAUUAAGGAAGACGUGUGAAAUAGAUAUUAGGGGACACUUAGCAAUCUCUGCCACAAACCUGAGUGAGGAUGUGGUGCAGGUCCCAGGGAUUAAGAGCAGUUCAGUGUAUGGGGUGCUUACAAGAGCAUCUUGGAGUGGGGGUAGGGGAGAGACAGAGUUAGAGAGGGAGGCAGGGCUGAGUGUUGUCAGGUUCCGGAAUUCACAAACUUGAUCCCCAAAACACAUGAAAAGCCCUUAGUGACUCUUAAGUUGAGGAAUGAUGUGAUCAGAUCUCCAAAGCGAGUCAGAAGUGGUUUGCAGGGGUAGAGGGGGCAGUGAGGAGCGUGUGCAGGUGCGUUAGGAGGCUGCCCCGCUCUUUCUGCACUGCCCCACCUCCUUUCUGAGCUCUAUUCCUCUCCCCAGCCUCAGGUUGGCUGUGGCCCUCUGGGGGUCUUUCUGCUCUCCCGGGGAUAGCACGGCUUCAUUCGGCCCCAACCACCAGAAAGCGUCUCAGCCACAGUCUUGGCUACUGGAGUGGCCUCAGACUCGGGUCCCUUGGGACAGUCAGGGGGGUCAGGCCAGCACCCCAGGCUCCAUGCUCACACCUCCCUCCUCGGGCGAUGGUCUGGGGACAGCCAGGUGCGACAGGUCCCAGGUGGGGAGACCCUGGGAUUCUGGUUCUGAAAGUGCCGGUUUGCGCUUCUGUCUCCUCAGCGAUGAACAUUGGUUUCAUCCCAGGUGCUGAUGUUGACUGAUGAGGACUGGCUUCCUGCAGCACUGGCCUGAGAAGAAUCACGAGGCCAGGUCUUAGCUCAGCAGAAAGGGGGCUGUGGUUGAUUAGCAGUGCCUGCAUGGUGGCCGGAUCUGGGGGUCAUGCCUGCUCACUGCAUAUUUUGCCUCGCUUAUUCCAGACUAAUGACGGAUGGUUCUCAGACGCUGGUUGAUGGUUUUUUCUGAAAAAUGGUCAUUCUGAAAGAUGGUCAUUCUGUUCCACAUGGAGGGUGUGGGUCUCAGGGCAGGGGCCGUGGCUCACGUUGAUGCUGUUUCCUCUGGGGGAGAAUCUGCUAUAGUGCAUCUUUGGCCAAGGCUCUGCAAUGGACACUUGGGUCAGAUUGUCUGGUCUUUGAGCAAAGACCAAGGCUUAGGGGUCUGUCUUAUCCUGAGCUGAGGGCCGUGGCUUGAAUGUGGAAAACAGAGGGAAGACAGCAGAAGAUCUCUUAAGCCAGAUGACCAGGGAAAGCAGCCUUGGCCAUAGGAAAGGGGCUGCUUCCGCAACCAGCUUCCACCCAACCUGUCAGUUCUUUCCAGUUUACAAGAUGUGAGAAGUGUUCAGAAACGCUGGCAGCUGCCCUGCCAAAGGCCUGGGGUCCUGCCUAGAUGGGUCCCCUGGGCCUCAGGGAGUGACUCCAGGGACCUCUCGUCCACCCCUCCUCCAGCCCAGCAGGUGGCCGGCCGAGACCCUCAUGCUCAGCGCCUGAUCAGGAGACCGGCGCUUGCACUCCCACCAGAAACCUUCUGUUUUCUCUGCUCAGGUUCUUGGAGAGAAAGGAGCAAGCCUCCCUCCCAGCCUCUGUGACUUCGGGGAGGUGAUUGUGGGGCCACUGUGGUGGAAUCGUAGGACCAGUGGCUAGGCAUGCCCCCUCACUUGGGCAUCAGUUUAAAGUAAGGAUUUUCCUCCUACUUAAGUUUGUAACGAGUCCCUUCCUCAAGGCCCCAGAACUGCCCUCGAGGGGGGCUCUGGCAGACCAUGUGGUGCUAGGGCCUCAGCUCUGCCUGUACUGCCUGGCUUGGUGCUCCUGGGUGGCUUCAGAUCGGAGCCCUGUCAGUGAGCAAUGGCUGGGCCUCACUGGAGGGGACCUCUUCUAGAAAUGCCAAAAUGGGCAUUGGCUUCCCAGGUCCAUUGACAGAGACCGGGGGCCCACAGCCCGGGGUUUCAGCGCUGUGACUAGAGACGCUCCCUUGGUAGGGUAUGACCCUCCCAACCCAGCAUCUGUUCCAUCACCAGCCUUGAAUCUGCACCGCCCUCCAGCCCCACCUUCAUCUCUAUCAUUGCCCCUUCACAGACAGGACCCGCAGGCAGGCUCGAACUUGCAAGCCAGCCCUUCCUGUGGUCCGCCCACUCCCAUGCUGCCUGCCCCGUGGGGACUGGGGGGCUUAUCCCCUCAUUUGGGUAUUAAGUCCAGGUCAGUCAGGACAGCGCGACUGCUGCUUUGGAAGAAGAUAGGGAAGUCGAGUUCAGCAGCACAUCCCGAUCCUGGCGUGAGCUGCGGGUGGGCCACCCUCCCGCGCAUCCACCUGUGCGUGGAGAAUUAGAAGCGGAGGCUCUUCCCCAGUGAGGAAAGCAGAGCGUGGUGCCUAACCGGCACUUAAUAAGCAUUUGUGGACAUCAGCUGGAGCAGUCUGAAUCGAUAGGGAUUGUGGGUUUCACUUCUGAUCAGCUUUCUGCACCUCUUGAAACUCUGCAUCAGUGAAAGGAAAUGUGAUUCGGGGUGCCGGGGCCAGAGCACCCUGUUCUCCAAAGGGGAGUCAGUGGACCAAGUUCUUGCCCCUGGCUUGCUGGGAGAGGCCAGCCACCUCUGGGCCUUGAUUUCCUCAUCUGUCCAGCGGGGUUACUGACCCCUGUCCUAUCCCCUUCCUCAGGCUGUUGAGAGGGUCUCUGGCAGGGCAUGCUCUCCUGCUUUGGAAGGGGGCGUGGCCCGGCCAAUCCCGCGCAGGCAGCCGUGGGGGUGGCAGUGGGCGUGGCUUCAUGCCAUUCUCCGUGGCUGAGAAUGUGGUCCCGUGUGGAGCCCCCCAGACCCGGUCUCCCCCAGCACUAUCCUCAUGCCCCUCUCACUCCUUCGAGAGCCCUGUACCACCAGGCUCACAGAGCCCCCAGUAAGCCUGCCAGCAGGAACAUAAUCACCUUUCUUCAAGCCCUUCAGUUUUCAUUUCUAUCAGCAAAAGCAAAUGAAAGACUGCAGCUUAAAAAACCCAAAACAACAGCAACAACAAAUUACAGAGUGUGAGAUCGUGGGCAGACGGCAGUGCCAGGCCUAAGGGGUGGGCAGCUCGAGCCUCCAGGACAGCCAAGAAGAAGCCCGAAGGCCAGGGUGGGCGUUGUCCCCUUCCCCAGCCUGAAAAGGCAGCGCGGAGUCCUGCCUGGAGACCUUUGCCCUGAGUCCGGUCCGCUUGGAUCCCCUGCUCCUGAGAAACGGCAACCAGUGGUGUCACCACCCGUGCUCCUGCGCCUUCAGCUGGGGGUGGGACAGCACUAGACCCUGCCAUCAGGACCCACUCUGGGCAUUAGGAAGGGGUCCUAAGCCCAGGGAGGAAGUCAGAGUCUGCAGAGGUGUCACAGAGGGGUAUCCCUCUGUGGUCUGAGUGGGCAGGGCGCAGGAGGAGUAAUAACUGACUGCCUAGAAAGCUGUCAGGAAGGGGUACCAUCUGGAUGGGUUUUCAGUACAAGUAGAAGCUUGCCAGGCAGGAGAUGAAGGAAGGGUAUUCCACAUCAAGGGGUCGGCACAGUGUAAGGGCACAAAAGCAUUGCACGUCUUCCCUCCCUGCCUCCAUUGGGCAGAUGCUGUCCCAUCAUCUGGGCCAGAACAGCCAGACAACCAGCCUUGGCAUUGGAAACCUGAUGUUGCUUCUUCCCAGAUGCAGCAGCUCACAGGCAGACACUUUGUGCACCAGAAAGGCUGCCCCCAUGCUUCCCUUUGGCUGGUCCCUUUCGGGGUGUCUGUGGGUAGCACUGAGCUGGCCCAGUGGGCCCUGGGUUCUGGCUGCCCUGGGGUUGGCUUCCUGUGAGCUGGAGGGGGUCACCCAGAUGCGGUCUCUGAGACAGGGACAGGAGUCAGGGGUGCUGACACCCACAGAGGCCCUGCUGCCCGGCUCUGAGUCUGAGGAGGUAUUUUCUGGCCCCGGGGCACCCCGGUUUUGCAGGGAAGGGCAUGGGGCCUGUCCUGUGGCUCUCUAAGGAGCAGCUUUAGGGCCUAUCCAUGCUUCUUUGUCUGCACCGGGGGCACCAGCCUUGAGCAUGUCAGGAUUCAGGUGAGGCUCAGGGCAGGAAGCACCGUCUUCUCCUCCCCGCCCCCUCCUGUUGGUUCCCCUCUUCUCCCCAUCCAUCCUUUUACUGGUUCAGCACAGUCACCAGCAGCUGCUGUACCACGGCCCCGCCCUAGAUGCUGGAGAUAGUGAUGAGCAGAGACACCGCCCUGCUGGGUACGGCAUGUGCUGGGGACAGAGGAACGAGCUGGGAGAACCCCCAGAGGCUGCCCUAGCUGAUCCCUUCCUAGAGGAGCCUGGGGGCACUGGACAAGUCCAGGCGGCAGGAUCGCCAGUCCAGCUGGCGAGCGCAAGCUGCAGGGCUCCGGGGUCCUUGUCCCCGUCCCAGGGCUGCGACCAGCCCAGCCAGGCCCUCCCUGGGGCCCUGCAAGCCCUCCUGCCGCCACAUUACCCACCCAAAUUAGAGCUUGUACUUCAGAUGAGAGUAUCCUUAUCACUCACAAGCAAAGUAUAAAUAUGAUCUAUUAAAGCCCUUCAGAUGUGAAAUGUCAUGUAAAUUAAGAGGAUUUUAGAAUAGGAAGGCUACGCUACUGUUAUCACCGUGGGCAAUAAUAAUAAAAAUAGGAACAGAAGUUAUUCCACUUACUGAGAGCUCAGCCAGUGACAGAUAACGGGCCACUGGUGCCGCCCUUCCACCGAACUUCUCAGCAGCCCCUCGAGGAGGUGGUUAACCGCGCCUGCAGAGGAGCAGAGUGCGGCUGAGCAGAAAGUGACAGAAGUCGUCUCGAUGGCACAGGAGUGAGCCUGGGAGGUGGGGUUUUUGCCACCUCGCUUUUAACCACGUUGUGCACGGUUUCCUUUAACUUCUCCGGACCUGAGUCCUUCACUGAGUAACGUCUUCCGGGAGGGCAGGGUGUCACAGGGAGAGCUUCUUGGCCAUGGAAAACGCCCCAGGUGUUAUUCUCAUCAGCAGGGUCGUGAUCACAUUCUCAGUGUCUCAUCGACUUUUAAAGGUCAGGAGACAAAGGCACAGAGAAGGUUCUGUCUGCACUUUACCCUUUCACCCAGGGCUGCCAUGCGGUGGCAGGAUCUGCAGGCUGGUCAAAUUUGUAACGAUUUUUCUUUAUGCUGUGCUGUGCUUAGUCCAUCAGUUGUGUCCAACUCUUUGCGACCUCAUGGCCUGUUGCCAGCCAGACUCCUCUGUCCAUGGGGAUUCUCCAGGCAAGAGUGCUGGAGCAGGU